AUGAGCCGGCGCUCUGAUGAUCAACAGGCUUCAGACCCUCGGGGCUUCAAUCACGGAGAGGAGGACUAUGCUGCGGCCUCUAGUGCAGACAGCCCUCGGGGAAUCAAACGAAUCCGCCAUAAGACGCCACCACGAGGCACCAUACGCCCCCCUGAAAACAAGAAGCGGAAAAUAUCGUGUUCUACCACGUCGAGCGAUAACUGUCACACUGUCGCUGAAGCUCGCGAGGAAGGGCCUUCUCUAAGUGACCUCACUGAGGAGCUCUGCGGCCCUGCAUACAAGGACUAUUGCAAAUGUGAUGAUCCGCAGGAUCCGGUCUCCUUGCAACGAAUUUGGAUAGAGCAUGAGGACGGAACUCGGAGGGCCAGCGAUGACAUAGAUUUCCUGUUCUCGUAUUGGGAGGAUGACAAGUUCGUGCGGGGUUUCUCCAUCACGACGCUGCAGUUCAUGCUACGGCAACCUCGUCCGAUUCUGCAUCCAGUGAGUCGGCAGGUUAUACAGGAUGGUGUACUGGAGCGUGCCGAGAGGAUGGUCAAGUUACUCGAGGCUAGUGGUGCCAUAGAACCUAUCACGGUGAGGGACCUGGCGACUCUACCCCAGAAGGAGCUCACCAGGCGGGAUAUGCAGCACUUGAGCUUAGAGGUGUGGCAGUUGCUUGGAAGGCAGUCAGUGUAUGUGGAGGAGGAUACGUUGGUCGACAUGGAUCGAACGCAGAUUUUGAUGUUAAAUUCGGAACUGCGAUCAAUGUUCACUGAGAACUUCACUGAGGACCAGCGGCGGCAGUUUUUCCCGCCGGACGGUAGGCCGUUUAUGAAGAUCCAUGAGGCGCUUAUGGGAGGAGGCGAGGACAUACCGACGAGCUUGAGGACGCUGAGUGCCGUGCAGGGGAUCCUCAAGGACCUGCGGACUAUACUCACGAAUGCUCCUGAUAAUAUGAAGUUUAUGGUUACAUAUGUCAUAGUUGGGGCAUUGGCUGUGGUCAGCGGUCCCAUACGAUCUAGGUACAUGACUGGCCUCAGCCACUCCUUUGAAAUAUCUCCAGCAGAUGUGCAUUAUGAUGAUGACGAGUACUCAUCUUCUGAUAGUGAUGAAGGUGAUUAUGUCGGCCACGAGGAUGAGGAUGAUUCUGAGAGGGACGACUUGGACGACGAGUUCUGA